AUGGCUCAGCCAGGCGGAGCCAACCCGCCCAGACGCGCGUUUGGCAACCAACCCCGGCCAAGCAGUACUGCAACUCCGCCAGCAAAUGCGCGGCGACUCGGCCCGCCUGCACCAGCGAACGCACGUCGCCUAGUCCGCGAAUCUGCUCCUCCCACCCCACUUCCUCUGAGCGACUCGAGUCCAGAUGCCCGCACCCUCUCGCCGUCACCUACGGCCGCGGCGUUCCAGCGCGCCAACUCGUUCGACGGGCGAUCCAGCCAUACCCGAGCCAGUAGCUUUCCCUUUCCCCUAUCAACCUCACCCGCGCCCUCGGCCGCAAGUACAAGUAGCCGGCGGGCGCGCGGCACACCGUACAAGAUUGGGUUCCAGCCGAGCGGAGUCCGGCGGGACCGGAGUAUCGAUUUCGUAGCUGCGCGCAAGGCCAAUGCCUCGGAGCGCGACAAGGAGGAAGGGAGGCUGAAUCGACGAUGGGCCAAGCUCGUGGACUUGCAUUUCAACCCCUCGACCCAGACUUCGCCGAUGGCACGAUCGGGAAGCAGCUCGUUCUCGUUGAGCUCGAUCGUCAAUGCGCGUCCACAGGUUAACAUGGACGAUGUGGUUGACAGCCUCAAGCCUCGGCAAGUGUGGAAGGGACUCAAGGCUGCCGCAGGGCCGGGACCAGAGGAGGCGCGCAAACGCGCAGAAGAACAGCGCAUCGUCAAGUGGGAACCAGAUAGCGAAGUGCGCAAGUGCCGUAUCUGUGCGGCGGCAUUCAGCCUCAGCACACGCAAACACCACUGUCGACUGUGUGGGCGCAUUGUGUGCUCCCUCGCCCCCACUCCGCCAGCGCUCUUGGCUGUACAGAUGCAGCUGUUCGCUGAUGGCGGCGAGCUGCCACCUGGAACGAGGCGGCACAAGUGCUCUCUCCUUCUCGUGGCAGACUGGCGCACAGGUCGCGGCGAGGAGGUCGACGAAGGAUUCGUCGGCUGGAUGAGUCUCGACCAGGAGAAGGAACCAGUCGCCAUUCGGCCCUCACGGCACCACCGCCACCGCUCGGGCAGCAUACUGAGCGACACAUCCUCCACGACAACCAACGACGAACCACAACGCACCAUCCCCCUCCCGCAGCAGCCGCAGGAGGUGCAAGUCAAGGGUGUGCGCGUGUGUCGCGAAUGCUGGGCGACUGUCUCGCGCAAGCAGAAGAUUGUGGACCGGACAAGCAUCACCCCUUUUGCGCGACUGUACGCCGCCCUCCGCUCUCUGCAGGCCGAGGUCACAGGCCUCCUCCCCUCAUUCGAGGCGGGCGUGGCGGACCUCCAGCGCGCCUCGGAGGAUACGGACCCAUCCACCACCCUCCUGAACACGCACAAGAACCUCCUCGCCCUGCUGGGACAGUACGACACCCUCGCAAAGCGCGUGAGCGCGGCUCCAUGCGAACCGGGGGGCUCGCAGGCGGCAGUCCAGCGGGCGCUGGCACGCAGCGCGGCCGAGUUCCUCGCGCGUGCGGCGGUGACUGCGCAAGAACUCCCACGGCUACAGCGGCGCGCGGCGGCCGCAAAGGCGCGAACCAUGGUCGUCGUGGAGCAGCGCUUGCCCGACGUAUUGCGGGCUGAGGGGAUUGCCGAGGACGCGGCCGAGGAUGUUGCGCGCGCUCUGCAACCGUUGCUCGAACAGCAGGCACAGCUUGAAUCGUUUAUUGCGGAAGCGAAUGCGCAGCGCAAGUAUGACGAUUCCCGGUCGCUCGCGGUAGCGCUGGGCGAGAUCGAGAACGAGAUUGCGCGGUUGACCGCUAGCGCACUCGACGCAUAG